UCUUAAGAUUACCUCGUAGAAGUUCGUUUUCUAUCUAAUGUUUAAAGUUCUAUCUAAUCAAUAUCAAAGACCUUCUUACCUAGAUAGAAAAUGAGCAGUGGGAGCCUGGGAUUGCUCCUACACUGUGGUGGGUCUUUUGCAUUCGCUCCAGAUUCUCGUUUUUUCUCGGCAAGCUUGACGAGGAGCGAGAGAGGAGGAGGAGGAGUUCUUCGGGCAUUGAGACUCCACCAGCAAAUAGCUCAAGUUGCCGAGCAGGCCAUCGCUGAUGCCUCGUCUUCUCUCGACGGCCCAAUUGAGCUCCCCGGCGAUUUGGAGCAGCCCACCUCGCCACUCCAAAUCGCAGGUAGCGUCGUUCUCACUGGUGCCAUCUCGGUUCUUCUCCUCCGCUCGUUGAGACGACGAUACAAAGAAGCCAAAGAGAAGAAACCUUUGAAGGAACAGGCGAAGCAGAAUGUGCUCGCUAGCCUCGCCAACCAGGUAGUGGAGAAGCCACCACCAUCGUUUGAGCAGACCCUGUAUGGAGCUCUCUUGGCCGGCGCCAUAGCUUUUGUGCUCUACCAGUGCACCACGGCAGUGACCGGCUCCUUCGCUUCAAAGCCACUUCCAACAGAAUAUGCUGUAAGUGAAAACUUUGAUGCAAGUUUCUGCCGCUGACAUGUUUGUGCCUUGAUCACCACA